ACUUCGCCGACAUUGACUGGCUAUCUGAGGACAUCACGAACGCUCGACCGAGUAUCGGCUGCUAUGUCUACCAAGACUUCAGAAGUCGACCUCCUCAUCAUUGGAGCCGGCCCUGCUGGAUUGAUGGCCGCUGCCUGGGCUAGUCGCUGUGGAUUGAAUACAAGAAUCAUUGAUGAGAAAGACUCAAGAAUCAGGACUGGUCAGGCAGACGGUUUGCACUGUAGGACUUUGGAGAUCAUGGACAGCUUCGGCACUCCCAGCAUUGCAGCCGACAUCCUGGGAGAAGCUUGUGUGAUCAAGGAGAUUGCUUCAUGGAACCCGAAAGAAAGCUGCGAGGAACACAUUGAGCGAUCGGAGACAAUACGAUCGGGUGAGGAAGACUUGCCUGGAAGCCGGUAUCCUCAAGUGAGUCUUAGCCAAGGCAGUGUCGAACAGGCAUUUCUAAAUUUCCUCGAACGAGACGACAACUCAUCGCGAGUGGAACGCAACUUGUCACCUGCGAAGCUACACGUUGACGAAGCAAGCGUGGAAGACAAUGAUGCAUAUCCUGUCGAAGUACACCUUCGUGAGCUAGGAAAGUAUGAAACAGCUGGCUCCCUUGAAUAUACAGCAACUCAGGAGCCGAUCAAGGAGAUCAUCCGUGCCAAGUUCGUCUUAGGAACCGACGGAGCUCACAGCUGGACACGAAAAGCACUCGGUCUAGAAAUGGAAGGCGACAGGACGAACAAGCACUUCGGCGUGAUGGACUUCAUUCCACGCUCAAACUUCCCAGACAUCCGGAUUUCUUGUGCAAUUCACUCCUCCGCCGGCAGCAUCAUGACUCUUCCCAGAGAAAAGGGUCUGGUGAGGUUUUACGUGCAACUGGCCGAGACCUCUGACCUAGGAGACAACUUUGACCGCAGCAAGAUCACCCCUGACGAUAUCAUCAACACUUCCCGUAAGAUCAUGCAACCUUAUACACUAGACUAUAGCCACUGCGAUUGGUUCUCCGUUUACACUGUCGGACAACGCCUAGCGAAAACCUUCAGUCAUCACAAUCGCGUAUUUCUGGCUGGCGAUGCCGUACACACGCACUCGCCAACCAUGGGUGCAGGCAUGAAUGUUUCAAUGCAAGACAGCUACAACUUGGUCUGGAAGAUUGCGACUGCCAUCCACACUGGCAAUCGAGAAAUCCUUCAGACAUACAACACUGAACGCAUGGCAACCGCUAAGGAACUCAUCGAGAAGGAUCGGGCGAUGAGCGAAUUCUACUGUCAAGGCCCUUCUGCGGACUCGAAGAAGUACAAGGACUUCCGAGAGGGCUUUCGGGAUUUUGUCAGUGGUGUCUCUGUUACAUAUGGUCCAAAUAUGUUGGUCUCUUCUGCUGGAAAGAUCGAUGAAGAUGGCAAUGAGAAAAUGACCAACGAUGACACUGGAUCCGGAGAAAUCAAACAUGACAAGCCUACUAGACGCAAAGACUCGCAACAGUCUCUUCCUCAGAUCUACUCGGACCCUAAGCUGGCGACCGGAACAACGCUAGGACAACGCUUGCCUUCCUACCACGUCACAAAUCAUUUCACGGCAGAAGACGACCACAUCCACAGAGCGAUGAAGUCGGACGGACGCUGGCGCAUCCUCCUGUUCCCUGGUGACCUCGCCAAUCCUCCACGCUUCCGCAGCAUCAGGGAUCUAGGAGCCAAGCUUGAAGCAACCAGUUCCUUCAUCAACCGCUGCACUCCAUCAGAUCAAGCUAUCGAUUCAGUAAUCGAGAUCCUGACCAUCCACACAAGCAAUCGCAAUAGUUUCAAUGCUCUGGAUCUGCCUGACAUCUUCCAUCCAUGGAACGACAAGCUCGGUCACGAUUACUGGAAGAUAUUCGCCAAGAACAAUGAGGUGGGAGACGACAUAUACAAGAGCUUCGGCAUCGAUGAGGAGAAAGGCUGCCUGGUAGUUUGCAGGCCUGAUCAGCAUGUGGGAUAUAUCGGAAGCCUUGAGGACCUUGAGACCGUCGGGCAGUACCUUGAAAGAAUUUUGUUGCCAAAGCGAUGAAGGCAUGACAGGGACCUAGCGGAACAAAAAGUAAUGCAUCUCUGAACAAGAGCUUUUAU